GCUUUUGCUUGUGUCCCGAGUAUCCAAACCAGCUCCACAGGCCGGUAACGGGACAAACUGCAGUGCUGAGUAGGAUAUACUGUAGGAGGUGCCAUCUUCGGGAUAACUCUCUACCUGGCUCUUGCCGUAGCUCUAUGUAAGAGUGGGAGUAACAGUCCUGGUGUCCUGACUACAUUUCACCUCGGGCUAGUUUAGCCUCAAGUCUGUGAGAGCACGUUUAUUCGUCGCAAUAAACCAACGACUGAGCCACUCACAUUGUGCUAACUGCAAUAAUCAGCCAAAAGAUGGGAGACAAGAGACAGCGAGCAAGAGUCCAAGGAGCCUGGGCCAGAGCUCUGCCAAAGGCCCCUAACCCCAGAGAAACCCCAGGUGUAAUAAGCUCGCCUUCUACAGCCCCAAAUUGCUGGGGUCCGGAAGAGGUGAAAUUUGAGUUCCAACAGCCAACACAGCUCAGGAGGGAAAUCCCAGCAGAGAAAGUCAUUGAGAAAGAGGGAGAGUUUGUGAUCAGCCAAGGCCCCACAGGCAUUUCCAGGCUGCGCCUGUUUCCCUCUUUCCUCUCUGUUGGUGAGGCUGACUGGAUGUUCGCAAGACUCCUGGAGGAGCUUCCCUGGCAGCAGAAGUCCAACAUGCAUCAGGGGGUUUUAUAUGACGAGCCCAGGCUGACGUGCUGGUUCGGAGAGCUGCCCUACACCUAUUCAAAUUCCACCCUGCAGGCAAACCCGGAGUGGCACCCCGUCCUGCUGGAGCUGAAAGGGCAGGUGGAGCUGGCAUCCGGUCACUCCUUCAACUCCCUGCUGUGCAAUCUGUACCGGGACGGCAAGGACAGCAUCGCCUGGCACAGCGACUCGGAGCCCUCCCUGGGGGCGCGGCCCACCAUCGCCUCGCUCAGCCUCGGGGACACGCGCACCUUCCAGAUGCGCAAGCAGCCCGCCGCGGAGGAUCGCGGUGACCACACGUAUGUGGAGCGGCUCCGGGUUCCGCUGGCUCAUGGGACGCUCCUGCUGAUGGAGGGGGCGGUGCAGGAGGACUGGCAGCACCGGGUUCCUAAAGAAUACCACGACAGAGGUGCUCGAAUCAAUCUGACCUUCCGCACAGUCUACCCAGAGCCGGGCUUCGGCAGGCACAGAUGGGCAGAGGGGAAGGCCCACAGAGCUUCUGUGCAGAAGAGGACCGGCUCUUCAAGAUACAGUCUGCAUUGAAACUGACUGAACGCACAUGCACUGCAAAAAAAAUAUUUUUUAAAAUUUAUUUAGUGCAAAUUUUUUUUCCUUUCUAAUUGGGAGUCGUUGUUGGACGUCUUAGUUUAAAUCAAUGUAUGAUAAAUGUAAAUACUGGUUAAUUGUCAAAUAAUUAAAUCAGGAGGGUGGUUUACUAAACACACAAUAAAAUGUUAGAUCACCUCUACAAAGUGUGUCUGCGGAGCUCUCUUCACCCUGUUUUUGAAGGUUUGGUAUGUUUUUUGCUUUGUCUGUUUUUAUGAGAACAAGAAACCAAUUACAAAACUUCCCCAUGGUAAUCUUUGAGUCCAGAGUGAGUGUCACAGUGCCAUCAGAAAUAACCACAGUUUUCUUCUGCAUUCAAUGAAGAUUUGAAGCUUCAUUAGACAUAAAGUCAACUUUAUUUUAAAUUAGCAGAAAAAAUACUAGGAAGACAGCCUCCUCAGAUGAGGAGUGUUGACUGGAUUUGGAUGAUCUGUGGUCAUGACUGUGAAUCACAGUGGUUUUCAAUAGUGAACAACACACUCUGGACUUUCUCAAACUGAGUGAUUCAGAGUCAUGUGGUCUUUAUUCUGCAGUAUUAUGUUAUGAUGGCAUUCUGUCUUGUAGGCCUCGGAAAUGUUUCACCUGCAAGACGACCAGUUACUUACAGUGUGCAUUUGGUCCCUGCCUAGGAGGACCUUAGUUUACUGUGUAUGUAGCUGCAUUAAAGAAAUACGAGUGUAGACGAGCAUUUAGAAUGAUGGGAAUGAUGUUUCACUUCAUAAUAUGCCCUUCAUUUUGAAUGGAUAAAAAAAUACAUUUUUAAUUG